AUGUCUUCCCAGCCCGAACACCCUACUCUGCUCAUCCCGGGCCCCAUCGAGUUCGACGAUGCCGUGCUACAGUCCAUGAGCCACUUUAGUGAGUCCCACGUCGGCCCCGGCUUCGUCUCGACAUUCGGCGAGACCAUUUCGCUCGUGCGCAAGAUCUUCCAGACCACCGACCCGUCGGCCCAGCCCUACAUCAUCUCCGGCUCUGGUACCCUCGGCUGGGACCUCGUCGCCGCCAACCUGGUCGAGGCCGGCGAGGAUGUCCUGGUCCUGAGCACCGGCUACUUCGGCGACGGCUUCGCAGACUGCUUCGAGACGUACGGCGCAAAGGUUACCAAGCUCACCGGACCUGUCGGCGGACGCCCCCAGCUGCCCGAGAUCGAGGAGGCCCUGAAGUCCAAGAAGUUCAAGGUCAUCACCGUCACCCACGUCGACACCUCGACCGGUGUCCUCAGCGAGCUGGAGAAGCUGUCCGAGCUGGUGCAGAGCGUGUCUCCCGAGACGCUGCUCGUUGUGGAUGGAGUCUGCAGUGUCGCCUGCGAAGAGAUUGCUUUUGACAAGUGGAAGCUGGAUGGCGUCGUCACUGCCAGUCAGAAGGCUAUCGGAUGCCCGGCCGGCCUGUCGAUAUCCAUGUUCAGUGGAAAGGCCAUCAAGGCUUUCGAGGCGAGGAAGACCCCGCCCGCCUCGUACUUCGCCUCGAUGAAGAACUGGACCCCCAUCAUGAAGAACUACGAGGCCAAGAAGCCGUCCUACUUUGCGACCCCGUCGCCGCAGCUCAUCCACGCCCUGCACACGGCCCUGACACAGAUCCUGGCCAAGCCGUUGUCGGAACGAUUUGCGAAGCACGCCGAGGUGUCAGAUAAGAUCAAGAAGGCCGUGACCGACCUCGGCCUCAAGCAGGUCGCCUCGAAGCCCGAGGACCAGGCGCACGGCAUGACGGCCAUCUACCUGCCCGAGACCGUCAAGGCCACCGAGCUGCUGCCGAGGUUGGCAAAGAGCGGUGUUGUCUGGGCAGGUGGCAUUCACAAGGAGAUUGCUCCCAAGUACGUCCGUUUUGGACACAUGGGAGUCAGCGUUACGGACCCUAACCGAAAGGAUAUUGACAAGGCUCUGAACGCUCUGGCGAACGGUCUCUCGGAGCUUGGCUACCAGAAGGCAUAG